AUGAAUUAAUGUAUAAUUCUAAUUGCAUUCUUAUUUAUUACAAAUGCUUUGAUAACAAAGCAUUGUCAGUGCAACCAAAUAAGAAACUAAUUUUCAUGUAUGCUUCACUAAAAAUGCCAGUGGAAGUCAAAUAGUUGUUAAAAUGCAAGUUGCAAGGAAUUUCAUCAUGUCUCAGUCUGUAGUUAAAAUAAAGAGUGCUUUUAUAAUCCUUUAGAUGAUAGAUGCUAAGAAUUAACAGAUUGCAGCAUGUUGACUGCUACAUCCAAUGAAGAGUGUUCUUAUCAAUCAAAGUAUUGUGGAAUCUAUAAUCCUGCAUUAAAGCAAUGCUAAAUCUUAAAUUUUAAACCUUGCAAUAUGCAUACAACACAAUGGGAGUGCUUAAAUGUAGCUUAACCAUGCUAUUGGAUAAAUUAAUAAUGCUAAGAAUUUGACUGUGCUUUAUUAAAAUCCUAAAAAGAGUGCAAUGGUUAUCAUCAUUAUUUAUGUAAUUGGUCAAUUGAAAAUUAAUAAUGUAUUCAUGCUUCAUGCCAUCAAUAACCUAUUUUUGAUUGCACUUUUAUUGUUAAGAAAUUCAAUAUUGGAUAUUUAAUCUAACCCUGUUUGGUUGAUUAUUCAGAAGGUCAAGCUAAAUGCAGGGAGGCUACUUUAUCUGAAUUAUCCCCUAUUACAUGCAGUUUAAAUACUGAUAAUGCUGCAGCAUGGAGUGACAUGAGGCUGGAUCGUGGAAGUUGUUAAGAAUGCGAUGUCUGUAUUAUUAAAAUCUUAGUUCUAACAUUAUUAAUGAUGAUCUUUUGAAAUUGA